AUGGUUCUCAGUUCUAGAUCUUCCCAAACGGUCCAGUUCUGGUUCGACUUUCCCGAACCAUUUCCAAACCCCAAACCCAUUGUCGACUUCGACUUCAACUAUGAUGACGUCAAAGUGUCAUCUUCUGGAUUUGCACUAUUGAUAUCUACUUGUUCCAGUCUAUACGCUUCCUGGACCGUCAUGAUCCUCCACCAGCUGUUAACUCUAAUGGAUCUCCUUGGAUAUCGUUGCUCUGGGAUGUUUGGGUUUGCUCCAUGCAUAAAACGAGGUGCCGACAACGAAAUUGAUGUUUCCGAUAUCACCUUCUUCAAUGAUCCUGAUGACGAAGUACCAUUGCCCCAGGUCCCACCUUCAGCCCAGCCAUCAUCUUCAACUACAUCCACAAAAGAUGCCUUUUCCAUUCUGCUCAAGGCUGGACACACCCCAGCAACAGUCACAGCUGGUUCUUGGUGCUCUGGCCAGCCCAUGGACAUAUGUCAGCAGCAGUAG